UUCACUCAAUGACUCUGGGAUCCAGUGACACUGGCACAGCAUACUACAUCAAGCACUUUUACUGACUGGCUUGUCCCUCAUGCCUGGAACUCUCUCUCUCUUCAUCUACCUCAUGGCUGCCUUCAAGUCAUAAGUCCUACCUUCUGCAGAUUAGCAAAAUGAACAAAGAUGCACAGAUGAGAGCAACUAUUAACCAGAAAUUGAUAGAAACUGGAGAAAGAGAACGGCUUAAAGAGUUGCUAAGAGCUAAAUUAAUUGAAUGUGGCUGGAAAGACCAAUUAAAGGCUCAUUGUAAAGAUGUGAUUAAAGAAAAAGGAUUAGAACAUGUUACUGUUGAUGACUUGGUGGCAGAGAUAACUCCAAAAGGCAGAGCACUUGUACCUGACAGCGUAAAGAAGGAGCUUUUACAAAGAAUAAGAACUUUCCUUGCUCAGCAUGCCAGCCUAUAAGUUGGGUUGGGACACCACUGCCAUGUACUUUGAUUUCUUUAGUGCAUAAAAAAAUACAUGCCAUACAUUUGGAGUAUGUUUUCUAAAUUAGUUCUUUUAUUUUGUAUGAUGAAUUUUACAUGUUUUGGUAUUGACCUGUGUGUUAUAUUGAUUUUUUUUCUUGAAGAUUAUUUUAAUAAUAAAAAUAAAAUGUAAAUGUUUGAAAAUGA